UAUUCACCACGUCUUCGUCUAAUUUUCUAAUCUUCGCUAGUGUUCACCUGUUGCUUAAGAUUAAUUAUUGCUUGAGAUUAAUUAAGAGAAAGUGGCAACAAAUAACGUCAGCUUGCUACAUGGAUAAUUAUAUCUUCCUGAUACUUCGUCAGUUUAGAUUAGGAGAAUUUGAACUUUUGCGGCUGAAGAUGUAUCGAUCGAUACAUUUUUGUCAAUAUGAUGGUAACAUUCAUAAUUACCAACAUCAAGAAAGUUGUCGACCAUUAGUUAAUAGCAUUUACCGAUAAUAUCGCAUGUAGCAAAUUUUUAACCUAACCUAUCAUUUAAAUAUUGGCGGCAGUGAAGCAUGCGUGACGAAUCUUUCGUUGAAAGUUCAUUCAAAAUCACUUCAAAAAAUUCAUAAAACAUAAAGUUUCUUGAAUAACUAUCUUUUUUCAUUAAAUUAUUGAUUUAUCCACCAAAUGUUCCUAUAUUAUGUUUUAUAUGUUUAUAUCCAAGAAUAGAUGCUGUGAAUUAUUACUUGUUUAAUUAGCCAUUAACCUUGUGUAAGCAACAUGUGUACGCCAGCGAAGAUUAGGAAAUUAGACGAGAUCGUGGUAAACAGAAUCGCAGCUGGGGAAAUAAUCCAAAGACCGUCAAACGCGUUAAAGGAAUUGAUAGAGAAUAGUUUGGACGCCAAAGCGACAAACAUACAAAUCACUACAAAGGAAGGAGGCUUAAAGUUACUGCAGAUACAGGAUAAUGGCACUGGUAUCCGAAAAGAAGACUUAGACAUUGUGUGUGAAAGAUUUACUACAAGCAAGCUGCAAAAGUUUGAGGACCUCAGCGCUCUUACAACAUUUGGAUUUCGAGGAGAGGCUCUAGCCAGUAUCAGUCACAUAGCCCUUCUCGCUAUCACGACAAAAACCACAGAUGAAAAAUGCGCAUACAAAGCAUCAUAUAUUAACAGCAAGCUUAAAGCACCUCCAGUACCUUGUGCUGGAAAUCAAGGCACCAUGAUAACCAUAGAGAAUCUAUUCUACAAUGUGGCAACUCGUAGAAAGGCUUUGUCAAAUCCAUCAGAGGAAUUCACCAAAAUUACGGAAGUAGUUAUGAGAUAUGCUGUGCAUAAUCCAACUGUAGGAUUUACAUUAAAAAAGCAUGGCGAAUCGAGCCCACAGGUCCGGACGCCACAUAGUUCAACAAAACAGAGUAACAUAAGAAUGUUGUAUGGCAAUCCAGUUGCUCGUGAAUUAUUAGAGGUUGAGAUCGACAAUAAGGAUUAUAAAUUUAAGAUGCACGCUUUAGUAACAAAUCCGAAUUACACAAAUAAACGAAUGGUGAUGUUGCUAUUUAUCAACAAUCGAUUGGUUGAGUCCCUUUGUAAGUUUACUUUAUUGCACACACGCGAUUUUUAUCUACUUGAAUUCUCUUAUCAAAAUUUUAUGUUUACGAACAUUAAACUUACAGCGAUCCGUAGGAUGUUGGAAGAUUUGUAUUCUGUAUAUCUUCCGAAAAGGGCCCACCCGUGGUGUUACUUAUCUUUGGAUAUUAAUCCGCAAAACAUUGACGUUAAUGUGCAUCCAACAAAACAUGAGGUCCGAUUUCUUCACGAAGACGUGAUAAUCGAAAGAAUGAAAUUCGCCUUGGACGAACGACUAGCUGGUAAUAGCGCGUCCAGGACGUUUUAUUUGCAAGCCAGACUGCCAAAAGCGGACAUUACUAAAGAAGUUUUAGAAGAAGUGUUACCAGAGUUUAAUAAAGGAAAUCCAGAUAAAUCAAAAAAGAUUUAUGCCAAAGAGAUGAUUAGGACAGAUUCGUCUGAUCAAAAACUUGACAAGUUCAAUUUUACCAUACAUGUCGAGCAACGCAACAGUGACAAUAAUACUCUAGUGAAGGAAACAACACAUAAUACAGAGUGCAAGUCUCUUAAUUCUGAAAUUCCAUUAAAAAAAGUCAUAUCUGAUGUUACUAUGGAAAAUCCGCUUGCUGACAGUAAAUGUCAAGAGAAAAAUUCAAGCUUAAAUCUAAAUAUCACGGAAUACAAUUCUGCAUUACAUAUAGAAAAAACUCUACCUGAUAGUAAUUUAACAAGUUGGAGCGCUCUAUUAGACGCUAAAACUUCAUCAGACUCACAAAAUACUUGCAAUUCCGAUAACCCUGCUCCGAAAAAAAGCAAGUCGGAAAAUAUCCGACCAGAGGACACCACGUUUGAUGUUGCGAAAUUUUUACAAGACUUGGAUGAGACAAUGGAUGAUCCUGAAGAAGACAAGCCUGUAGAUACCAUAGCCGAUAGGGCUCGUAAACAAGUAUAUCAAUAUUUUGGAAAUAGAGACCUUCUUGAGAAUACGAAGAAAAGUUCCGAAAAAGAAAAAGAACAGACAUUGGAUAUAGACAUUAACAAGAAAGACGAAAAUUCAGUAUCUAACGCAAGUCAAUCUGAAAAAGUACUUUCCGCUGAGAAAAGUAUCUCUGCCAAUGAAUCUCCGAAGUCCACACAGCAAUUUAAAUCAUAUUCUGUGAAUAACUUUAGACAUGAAGUAAAAUUAACCAGUAUUCUGAAAUUACGUAAGGAAGUUGAAGAUGAAUGUCACGAGGGAUUAAGAAAUAUUCUAGCUAACUUGACAUUUGUUGGCUGCAUCGACCAAACUUCAGCUCUAAUACAGAGUGGAGUUAAUUUGUACAUAUGCAACACAAGAAAAUUAGCGGAAGAACUUUUUUAUGAAAUCAUGCUUUAUGAUUUUAAAAAUUUUGGCGUCAUUAAAUUUUCGGUACGUAUUUCAAUACGUAUGGCAAAUUAUAUUUAUUACAACUAUCUAACAUUGCGCGCGCAAAUUCAACGAUUUUUCCAGGAACGAAUAUCAUUGUUCGAUUUAGCAAUGAUUGCUUUAGAUUCAGGAGAAACUGGGUGGACAGAAGAGGAUGGGCCGAAAGAAGAAUUGGCGGAUAGGGUGAAGGAGUUGCUCUUAGAAAAGGCAGAUAUGAUGAAUGAAUAUUUUUCGAUUGUUAUGGAUAAAGUGGGAAAUUUGAGAUCGCUGCCCGUUUUAUUAGACAAAUAUUUUCCAUACGAAGCGGAAAUUCCAUUAUAUAUAAUGCGGUUAGCAACGGAAGUUGAUUGGAGAAAAGAGCAACAGUGCUUUCAAAAUAUUUGCCGGGAAACGGCAAAAUUUUACAGCUACAUCAAUCCAAAGCAUCAGUUACAUGAUUGGAAAUAUAUAACUGAACAUGUUUUAUAUCCCGCAAUUAAAGAAAGUUUACUUCCACCGAAACACUUUGCUCACGAUUCAACGAUAUUACAGAUAGCCAGUUUACCUGACUUAUAUAAAGUGUUCGAGAGAUGUUAAAUUAUGUUAUCUUAAAAAUUCAAAAAUAUAUUUUAUUUUUUAGAUUCUACAACAAUUGAAUUGAUAAACUUAAAUUUAUAGCAAAUGUGUUUAAUAUUAUGUAAAUGUACAGUUACGACAUAUUGUUGUAAUAACAGAUUUUUUUACAUUACAAUAUACUACUUUAGAUUACUCAAAUACAUACUAUUAUUUUUGCCAGAAUUUUUAUUUUAUCAUUUUUUUUACCUUCUUGAUAGAAUUAGACAUAUGCGACAGAAAACAAUGUACAUAUUUUAAAAAAGAAUUUAUAAAUUAUAUAUAUGUAUAUAUAAAUUUACAAAUGUCUUUACAUAAAAGUAGCACAUUCGCAAUUCUUUGUUAACUCUCGUACACUUUAAUAUAUUAAUACAUUGGCGUCUAUCUUAUAUAAAAAUUUUGUAAACAAUUACAAUGUA